AUGAUCACCUCGUCUUUCCGAUGGGUCACCAUUGCAUCACUCUUUCUGUCCACUCUCCUCAUCUACUCUAUCCUUCCGACAAGCCAGCCAAAACUUACAGUCAUUGAGCCUCAAAAACAAUGGGCGCAAUCUUCCCAUGAGCCACUCCACUCUGACGCAGAGCGUCCCUUUUCCGAUUCCAAAAUGUGGCAGCAACAACAACAAAUUUCCGAUCAUUCAUAUGACGAUGAACGCUGCAGCAGAAUUCGCAAGGGCAUGGAAGAUAUCUUUGUUGUCUUGAAAACGGGCGCGACUGAAGCUCGACAAAAAGUCCCAGUGCAGCUGCGCACUACCCUCGAGUGUGUUCCACAUUAUGCGGUAUUCUCCGACUACGAAGAAACCAUCGGUGGAGUGAGCACCCAGAACAUCCUGCAGAACAUCACCGAGACCACGCGGGACAAAGAACCCGAGUUCGAACUCUAUCGCCGACUGCAAAAAGUUGGCCCUGAAGGUCUUACUGAAAAAGACUUUGGCGACGACUCCAAUGGACCCUUUGGCAAAGUGAAUAACCCCGGCUGGAAGCUGGACAAGUGGAAGUUUCUCCCCAUGAUAACGGGGGCGUUGGAAGCUCAACCCAAGGCAAAAUGGUACAUUUUCAUCGAAGCCGACACGUACAUUGUGUGGCCCAACCUGAUAACGUGGCUGUCCCGCCUCAACCACACACAAACCCACUAUCUCGGCAGCCAGAUGCAGAUCGGAGAUACCCUUUUCGCCCACGGCGGUGCAGGAAUUAUUCUCUCUAGCCAAGCGAUGAACCUCCUGCACGACUACCAGAUCACUCACCAACUAGAGCUUGAGCGUAUGGUCAGUCAAGAGUGGGCCGGAGACUGCGCCUUGGCUCGCGCGCUCAAAGAAGUCCACGUCGAUCUGACGUGGGCCUGGCCCAUGAUGAUGACCUCCCGACCUCAUGAGAUUGAUCAUUUCUCAGAGGCAUACGGUCGUCAGCCAUGGUGUUUCCCCGCCGUCUCUUAUCACCAUAUGAGUCCUCGCCACAUCGAAGACAUGUGGCGCUUCGACCGAGGAUGGUUCAAAAGCGGCAAGAAUGCACUCCUGCUCCACGGUGACGUGUACCGUGAGAUGGUGCAUAACAAGUCUCUCGCUACACGAUCCAACUGGGACAAUCUCUCUCCGGCGAACAUUAAACUCGAUACUCCUCAACCAUCUGCGGAUGCGUGCGCCAAAGCGUGUGCCCAGAAUCAUGACUGUUUGCAAUAUUCCUUUGACCACGGGAAACAGACGUGCAAGCAUGCCUCGACGACGUUUGGUGGUGUUCCGACCAACGGAACCGAUUCAGGCUGGAUCACGCAUCGGGUGCAACGACUCUUGGACAAUUUUCAAUCGUCGUGUCCAGAGGUACAGUGGGUGAUGCAUUGA